AUGGCCUCGCGAGCACUCUCAAGCACCGCCAGACAGUUCAAGCAACUUAACUGGACCCUCCAUGGAACAACCAUCGACGUCGGCUGGUUGAUCCAGCAAAUCGAACGCUCCAUCGAUGAAGUUCCCGGGCUGAAGGGUCGGGUUGUCAGCGCGCAGGUAAUCGGAAACCCUCACCCCACGCCCAACCGCGACGACCCGUAUCAUGGAUCCGUGGUUCUUCUGGAUAAGGACGAGGCGACAUUUAAGCCUGUGAAGCUUCCCCCAAUGCCUGGGGCACCGGUCGUCCCGCCGGAGGGAGUCGCGACUGGGAAGUCUGAUUCGACGUCUCUAUCUAAUCAGUCGACCUCAGAGAAGGGCAAGAAAUGA